GACAAUUAUGACAUUCUCUGACCAUUAGAUAUCAUAACCCAAAAAAUUUUUGCUUGAUAUUAACUUGAGGCAUCCUGUCGAGAAUUCUGCACAAAUUUAUAACGUUAAAAUUUGUAAACAAAUAACUUAACAAAAUCUACGACCAUGUCUAUAGCUUCAGUUAAAAGUGAGGAUGAGUAUAAUACUCUAAUCAAUGCUGAGAAGACAACAGUAGUGCUAUUUACAGCCGAUUGGGCUGAACAGUGUAAGCAUGUGCAGGAUGCGCUGGAGGAGCUGGCCAAAUUUUUGGGUAACAAACUGCAAUUUGUGAGUAUAGCCGCCGAAAACUUUCCAGAGAUUUCCAUGAAGCACCAGAUUGAAGCCGUACCUACUAUUAUAUUCUUCACUAAAGGCACAGCUGUAGAUCGCGUUGAUGGUGUUAAUGUAGCUGAGAUCACUGCCAAAUGUAAAAAGCUUGGCGGCUCUGUAGCAGGCGAAUCAUUGGAGGAACGUUUAAAGGCACUUACCAACAAAGCAGAUUUAAUGGUGUUCAUGAAAGGGGAUCGCAAUGCACCACGUUGUGGUUUCUCCCGCCAAUUAAUUGAAAUUUUAAAUGCAACAAGUUUACCCUAUGAAACUUUCGAUAUUCUCAAUGACGAAGAAGUCCGACAAGGUUUAAAGACUUACUCAGAUUGGCCUACAUAUCCACAGGUCUACGUUAAAGGCGAACUGAUUGGUGGUUUGGAUAUUAUUAAAGAACUUAAAGCAAAUAAUGAGUUGGAGAUCGCACUGAAAGGUUAAAUCAGAUGACCGCAAGACCCAGUAGUAUAAAUAACCCAUACAUUCAUACAUACAUGCGCGUGAAAUUUUAUUUAUUACACAAAUAAAAUUGGUAACUGGUUUUGGUAACUCAAACGAAA